AUGUUUAAUCUUGCCCAAGAGGACCCGAUGGUGAUGCACAUGGCUCUAGCGCUGAGCUUUGGUGAUAUGGACCUAAGACGUCCCAAUCCAUCGCCGAAAUCCAGCCAGCGACCGACCUACCACUACUCAUCUGCCUUGCGUCUCUUGGCAGAUGCCGUCGGCCGCGAAGAGCCAUGCGAAGACUUCGAUUCCCUCCUCACGACUCUAUGGCUCAUGAUUUUGUACGAGCAGCAAUUCGGGCACUCGCAGAGCCAGGGCUGUACCAAUCAUAUCAAGGGGGCAGCUUCUCUUCUUCAGCACCGUAUGAACAAGCUUCUCCGGUUCCCAACAUCGGACCACGACGCGGAUGCGCCAGCUUGUGCUCUGACACGAAGGUCUGGCUCAGAUACAAGGCCGAUGCUUUCGUUAUACUCGGCCCGUAUGCUGGUAUGGAUCUCUGGAUCUGAUGCUGCCGCAGCUUCCACAGGGGCAGGUGGUCACUUCAAUAGGACCCUGAUGUCUCUCCUAUCUGAAACACAACAGGAGGAUAGUGGCGCCAAUCUGAAUGACCCUUUUGGGCCUCCUCCGCUCUCCCCUCUACAGAGUUACAUGUGCAUGCACCGCUACUCGAACCCGUUAUACCGCGUUGCCUGGGGCCACACAUAUCCCCAAGCCGAACUCCUGGAUGAUCUUCAAAAUCGCAACAUUUACAAUCUCUUGACCGUCUGCAACCUACUACGCUUCAUGGUGGCCGAACUAGCUACUAUUUCUGACAUUUCAUCAAACGAGUUUCAACAGCAGGCAGCAAGUGUUUCUGCCGCGAUUAGAAACGCCAAUUAUACCUACGCAGAGCUGUUGGAAGUGUCUCGCGAGUUGUGCACAGAAACAGAUCACAGCCAAAGACUCGUCGCCAAUAUUCGAUACAUCGUUCCCAUCUUCUACGCCAUCCAACUCGAAUUCCUCCGCAUCACACAGCCAAACUCACCUCUCGGGCAAGGGAAAAGGCAGCGGUUUCUCCUUGCAGAAAUCAUGAGGUUGGCAUUCCAGCUGCGCAGUCACUGGGGCGACGAUGGAUUAAGGAAGAUUGCGUGGCCACUCUUUUUGGCUGGACUAGAGACGGAUGAUCUGCUCCAUCGGGAAUGGAUUCUUGAGAGGUUUCAAAAGAUGAGCGAGAUGGGGGAACAUCUAAAGCGGGCGUUCAAUUUCCUCAAGGAUGCCUUAGCUAUUCAGCAGGGUAGUGGUCGUAGGGUUGACAUCAGAGAGAUGAUGAAGGGGUAUCGGUAUCCCAUAUUUGUGCUAGGAUAG